GCGACGUGAACGCGCAUGUCAGGAUCGCUGCGGAGAUCCUGCUGUCUCGGCUCUCACGAUUAUUCGUGAGGAUGAUGCCUGCAGCGCGAGGCGGCUGGUUUUUAAUCACUGAGUAGAUGUCAGGACCCAGAGAAGCUGCAUUCAAACGGGCGGAAGGCUCCCACUCCGCAGCGCCGCCGUUUUCUGGGGGAUAAACGAGUCUCCGCCGGGCCGAGGACGAAGGACGACGUUUCAAACGCUCCUGAUGGAAUUCCCUGAUGCUGGAUGGAGAAACCGAAAGGGUGGACUCGUUAUAAAUAAUUAAAAGAAGCCGCGUCUGCUGCCACAACAGAGGGCAAAAUGCAUCUGCACCAGGUGCUGACUGGAGCCGUGAACCCCGGGGACUGCUGCUACUCGGUGGGGAGCGUGAACGACGUUCCCUUCACGGCCUACGGCUCAGGGUGUGACGUGGUGAUCCUGGCGUGUGACUUUGACUGUGUUCAGAUCAUCCCAGGAGCUCAGAAUGGAAACAUACAGGUGGGCUGCGUGGAGUGCUCCCACCAGCUGGGCAGGAUUGCUGCAUCUUACGGAAACACAGUCUGCAUCUUCGAACCUCUUUCUACCAACCCAAAUAAACGCCACAAGCAACUAAACUAUCAGUGGCAAAAGACAGGACAGUUCUUUCUUGAUGCCAUCACCUACAACCUGGCCUGGGACCCACAAGGGAACCGUAUCCUGGCAGCGACCGAGCGGCUCCAGCUGUGGGCUCCUCCACUGACAGAUGCCCUGAUAGAAGAGGAGGAUGGGCAGAUGAUGGAGGAGAAAAACCAUCCUGUCCUAAAUGACUGGAACUGUGUCUGGCAGUGCAAGACAGCCGGCUCUGUUCACGUUGCCAAGUGGUCUCCUGAUGGGGAGUACUUUGCAACAGUUGGAAAGGAUGACUGCUUACUUAAAGUGUGGUAUCCCACCACGGCCUGGCGCUCUGCUGUGGUGGUCCAGGACCCGUCUGAUAAAAAGCCUCCUCUUGUUCACUUCUCUUUCGUUUAUUUGGCCCAUCCUCGCUCGGUCACCGGCAUGUCCUGGAGGAAGACCAGCAAGUACAUGCCGAAGGGUUCUGUGUGUAAUGUUCUGCUGACUUCCUGCGAGGACGGCGUAUGCAGGUUGUGGUCUGAAACCCUCUUACCAGAGGACAGUCUGCUGGGUGGACAGAUCACUGAGAACUCGCACUCUUUCAGCUCCAGCCUGCCAGGCCUGGCAGGAAACAAAGACAAGAUCCAGCAUGCUUUGGAGUCGAUCCACCACCUGAAGCAGCUGCGACGGGGGCGACGGCGGUCCUCGGCUCUGGUGGCUCACAGCGAGCUGCUGCCGUCCCAGCUCGGCACCCAGGACUCUCACACCCACCGUCACAUCGCUCACCACGCCAACGCCCUGUGUCACUUCCACAUCUCAGCCAGUAUUAACCCCAACACAGAUAUCCCAUCAACGCUCGCCGACUCUACAGUAUUUAACCCAGAGGACGGCUCUGGUGGGGGUGGCUUUGUGGUUCAUUGGCUCAACAAUAAGGACCUCAGCUUUACUUCUUCCAUGGACCUCUUUAUGAUGCAGCUCCGCAAGUUCACAGAACAGCAGCUGGAACAGACCACCGAGGACCCUCUGGAUCCUGAAGGGUCCCCCAUGAAGUUCGACUUUGACCUAGAUGAGAUGUCUGACAAAGCAUCCUCGGAGCACGGAGAAGAGGCGGAUUCAGGGGAGCAGGGAAGCACCAAGGCGUCCUCUCCUGGGUCCAGCUCCAGUAUGCCUUUACCGUCCAUGCUGCUGGAAAGGAAGAUGGAGACUUUGAUCACAGAGUGGAACAAGAGCCCUGACAUGCUGUUCACCAUACACCCCACCGAUGGUUCCUUCCUGGUUUGGCACGUGAAGUACCUGGAUGAGUUCAACCAGGGAAUAUUCAGACAAGUUCAGGUGUCCUUUUCCUCGCGCAUUCCCGUAGCGUUUCCUACGGGUGACGCCAACUCUCUGAGUAAAAACAUCCUGAUGUACGCCUGCACUCUGACUGAGGGCGAGAGCGCUGGGACAGGUGAACAGGGACGGAUGGUCCAACGUGUCGCCCGCUCCGCCUCCAUCACAGCCAGUCUGGGUUCUGCUGCCGUGUCCCCAUCGCCUAAACUCCGGCCCGGCAUUAGUCCUGCUGUCAUGAUGGUCUCCAAACACGUGGACGGAUCUCUGAACCAGUGGGCCGUCACGUUUGCUGACCGUUCUGGCUUCUCCAACGUUCUGACCGUAUCGCACAAGACCCGGUACUGCGGCCAUCGUUUCCACCUGAACGACCAGUCUUGCCACACGGUUCUGCCGCUGCUGCUCACCUCCUCUCACCACAACGCCCUGCUCACGCCCCCCUCGGCCCCCAGCAGCAUGGAUGGCGAGCAGCUCCCAACCUUUCCUCUACCUAAAGGACUUCCCAGGAAACAGCUUCGUAAUGCAGCUACAAGGACCUUUCAUGACCCCAAUGCUAUUUAUAGCGAGCUGAUUCUGUGGCGCGUUGACCACAUCGGACCUUUGUCUUGCACUGGAGGGGUCUCUGAACUGGCCCGGAUCAACUCUUUGCACACAUCUGCCUUCAGCAAUGUGGCCUGGCUGCCUACUCUGGUGCCCAGCUCUGUUCUCGGAACCUACUGUAACAGUGCCAGCGCCUGCUUCGUGGCAUCAGAUGGUAAAAACCUGCGUCUCUAUCAAGCUGUUGUUGAUGCCAGGAAACUGCUGGAUGAGCUGUCAGAUCCGGAAACAUCUAAACUCGUAGGUGAAGUGUUCAACAUUGUGAGCCAGCAGUCCACUGCCAGACCUGGAUGCAUCAUAGAGUUGGACAUCAUCACAAACCAGUGUGGCUCCAAUACUCAGCUGCUGCACGUCUUCCAAGAGGAUUUUAUUUUAGGCUACAAACCUCAAAAAGAACAAGAGGCAUUCACACCAGCCUUUUCCACCGGAGAAGAUUUUCAACCUGCUCCGUUUUCUGAGAAGUUCUUCCUGGUGGUGAUAGAGAAGGAUCUGAACAGGAACUCUGUCCUGCAGAUGUGGCACCUGCACCUCCAGUCUGUGCAGGCGUGUGUUGAUGAGCCAAGCCAACAGUUUAACUUCCAGAGUCAGCUGAUGGUUCCUAAUCAAGCCACAAAUGCUGACUCUUCUCCGGAGACUUCUCCCAUCAGACCCCUGCCACGCUCAGCUUCUUCAGCUAACCUUCAGUCAGCGAGUAAAUUGAUCCUCAGCUCCAGGCUGGUGUACAGCAGGCGGCUGGACUUACCCCAUGGGGUGGAGGUUACGAGAGCUACACCUUCAGCAGGUCACCUGAGUUCCUCCUCCAUCUACCCUGUGUGCCUUGCUCCGUACCUGAUCGUCACCCCCUGCUCCGAUUCUUACGUGCGGUUCUGGCGCUGCGCCGUGGAGGUUGAUGAUGGCUAUGAUGGAGAGAGCCAAGACAGGUGGACGUACCGCUGGGAACCCUGGGUGCUGAUGAACGAGGAGGACGACAACAACAGUUCUGUGUGCGUGUCAGGUCGACCCGUAGCUGUGUCCUGCUCCUACAUCGGCCGGCUGGCUGUAGCCUUUAAACAGCCACGUCAUGGACAGCUGCAUGGUCCUGGAGAGGACUUCUCCAUGAAUGUGUCCAUCUAUGAGUGUGAAUCUACCGGUGGCUCAGAGUGGGUUUUGGAGCAAACUGUCCACCUUGACGACUUCGUCAGACCCUCAUCAACUCUGGAUCCCAGAGUCAGUGUGGAUUCCAACCUGUUUGUCUACAGCAGGUCUGACCUGUACAUGAGCAGAGACCACAGCUCCCCCAACAUUAAGCACUUUAUCCACCUGGACUGGCUGUCCAAGGAGGACGGUUCUCAUAUCCUCACUGUUGGGGUGGGCUCGAACAUCCUCAUGUACGGACGCAUCUCGGGGGUGGUCAGUGAGCAGACCAGCAGUAAGGAGGGGAUGGCCGUCAUCACCCUUCCUCUAGGGGGCAGUAUCAAGCAAGGGAUCCGUUCACGCUGGGUUCUGCUGCGGUCCAUUGACCUCUUGUCUUCUGUGGAUGGUACUCCGUCACUCCCGGUCUCCCUGUCUUGGGUGAGGGAUGGAAUCCUAGUGGUGGGUAUGGACUGUGAAAUGCACGUGUACGCCCAGUGGCACCAGGACAAGAAGCUCGGUGAGGGAGAAGAGGGCAACCUGUCGUCUGCAGACAUCGCUGGAGGUCAAACCACAGGUUCCUCUGUCUUUGAAGGGAGAGCUCGGUCUAAGAGUGUGUUUGAAGGGAGUGCUGGGGUGGAUGAAGCCCUCCGAGCCCCAGCAGGACUACAGGAAGGUGGACUGUUCGAAGCGGCUCACUCCCUGUCCCCAACUCUACCACAGUACCAUCCAACUCAGCUGCUGGAGCUCAUGGACCUGGGCCGAGUUCGCCGGGCCAAGGCCAUCCUUGCACACCUGGUGAAGUGUAUCGCUGGAGAGGUGGCCGUGGUGAGAGAUGUGGAGGGGGGCGAAGGCGGAUCCAGGAGACAUCUUUCUCGGACCAUUAGCGUGACUGGCAGCACAGCGAAGGACACGAUGGUGACCGGCCGCGACAGUGGCAGGGACUACACAGAGAUCAACUCCAUCCCUCCUUUACCUCUCUACGCUCUCAUGUUGGCUGAUCUGGACACCUCAUACAAGGGGCCAGAAGAAACCGCCAAAGUGACCAAGGUGUCUGAUGGCGACGCAACCCAGAAGUCCACAGAGGACCAGUAUGCUGACCUCUUUCAGGUGCCAGCGGUCACCACUGAUGACUUUGUGAACUUUGCUACUGAUAAACCAGAGAAGAAAUCCAGAUUUAUUAACCUCUCCCAGUAUGGACCCACUUACUUUGGACCAGAGCACGCCCAGGUUCUGUCCAGUCAUCUGAUGCACUCCAGCCUUCCAGGACUGACGAGGCUCGAGCAGAUGUUCCUGGUGGCUUUAGCAGACACCAUCGCAACCACCAGUGCUGAGGUGACCAGCUCCACGGAUCAACAGUACACAGGUGGCGAGGCUCUGGAUGAGUGUGGACUGAGGUACCUGCUCGCCAUGCGGCUUCACACCUGCCUGCUCACCUCUCUGCCCCCACUUUACCGCAUGCAGCUGCUUCACCAGGGCCUUUCCACGUGCCAUUUUGCGUGGGCCUUCCAUUCGGAGGCGGAGGAGGAGCUGCUGAACAUGAUUCCUGCCAUGCAGAGAGGCGACGCGCAGUGGUCCGACCUCAGAGCCGUCGGCGUGGGCUGGUGGAUCCGCAACAUCAACACUCUGCGCAAAAUGGUGGACAAGUUGGGUAAAGCUGCUUUCCAGAGGAACAAUGACCCUUUAGAUGCUGCUCUCUUCUACUUGGCCACAAAGAAGAAAGCCGUCCUGUGGGGACUCUUCAGGUCUCAGCAUGAUGAGAAGAUGACUCAGUUCUUUAAAAACAACUUCAGUGAGGACCGCUGGAGAAAGGCGGCUCUGAAAAAUGCCUUCUCUCUGCUGGGAAAGCAGCGCUUCGAACAGGCCGCUGCCUUUUUCCUGUUGGCUGGUUCCCUUAAAGACGCCAUAGAGGUGUUGAUGGAGAAAAUGGAGGAUCUCCAGCUGGCCAUGAUCGUAUCCAGACUGUACGAAUCAGACUUUGAGAAGUCGUCCACCUGCCAGGGCCUCCUUUAUGAGAAGGUUCUGGGUUGUAACAGGGACGGCAGUGGUUACCACUGCUCGAGACUGCACCCUGACCCGUUCCUCCGCAGCAUUGCCUACUGGAUCAUGAAGGAUUACACUCGAGCCCUGGAUACCCUGUUGGAGAGGAACCCCAAAGAGGACGAGAAUCCUGACGUGAUGGUGAAGUCUUGCAACCCCGUGGUGUUUAGUUUCUACAACUACUUGAGAACCCAUCCUUUGAUUAUUCGGCGCCACUUUGCUAAUCCAGAGGGUCCAGUAACAAGUGUGGGUCUGACUGCAGAGAAGAGCAGCGCCGAUGAGAUCAACCUCAUCGAGCGCAAACUCUUCUUCACGACUGCCAACGCACACUUCAAGGUGGGGUGUCCAGUUUUGGCUCUGGAAGUGCUUUCCAAAAUUCCCAAAGUCAGUAAGAAAUCUGGAUCAUCGCCUCUCAGCAAAGCUUCAUCGAAGGCGAACAUCAACGCAAACCAGCCGUUAGAAAACGGCACCCGGGGAGGCGGCGACUGGGACGACCCGGCAACAGCUGACCGUGCCUGGGGAGGAAACUACAGCGGGGGGCUUGACUGGAGCCAGCCGGUGGUCCAGGUAGAGGAAGACGAGCUGAAUCUAGACUGGGGAGAUGAUAAAGAUGAUGAUGAUGAUGAAGAUGGAGAAGGCUUGACCAUGAAGAAACCGGAGCAGGAAACCAGAGCAGGCUCGAAGAACGGCGUCUCCAAACUGCAGAGACAGGACUCACAGGGUGAGUCAGAAGUGGACGUCAUAGCAGAGCAGCUGAAAUUUCGUGCCUGUCUGAAGAUCCUGAUGACCGAGCUUCGGACGCUGGCGACGGGCUUCGAAGUCGACGGAGGGAAGCUGCGGUUUCAGCUCUACAGCUGGUUGGAGAAGGAGAUUGCCGCAAUGCACACGAUCUGUAACUACAAGGUGGAGGGAAAGGAGGAGGGAUCAGAGGUGGAGCGAGACCGAACAGCUUCUAUAGACAUUUCAGAGGAUGCACUGGAGUGCUCCGAGGCAGGAGCGUACGAGCGUCACCAGAUGGAGCGUCGGCGUCUUCAGGCCAAGCAGCAGCAUUCAGAGAGGCGUAAGGCCUGGCUGAGGAAGAACCAGGCCCUGCUGAGGGUUUUCCUGUCCUACUGCAGCCUUCACGGAGCCAAGGGAGGGGGGGUGACGUCUGUUCGCAUGGAGCUUCUGUUCCUCCUGCAGGAGAGCCAGCAGGAGACCACGGUGAAGCAGCUGCAGUCUCCUCUUCCUCUGCCCACGACGCUGCCUCUGCUGUCGGCCUGCAUCGCCCCCACCAAGACAGUCAUAGCCAACCCUGUUCUCCACCUCAGCAACCACAUCCAUGACAUCCUCUACACCAUCACAAGCAUGGAGACGCCGCCACAUCCUGACAUCAUCGAUGAUCGGGUCAACGCCCUGCACACACUGGCAGCCUCUCUGUCUGCUUGUGUCUAUCAGGCGCUGUGCGACAGCCACAGCUACAGCAGUCAGACAGAGGCCAACCAGUUUACAGGGAUGGUGUACCAGGGCCUGCUUCUCAGUGAGAGGAAGCGGCUGAGGACGGAAAGUAUCGAGGAACACGUAACUCCCAACUCUGCUCCUGCUCAGUGGCCAGGUGUGUCGUCCCUGAUCUCACUGUUGACGUCUGCGCGGGAGGAGGACCAGCCGCGGCUCAGCGUGCUUCUGUUCGAAGCGGUCGUGGCCGUUUAUCUCUCGCUGCUCAUCCACGGUCUGGGCACGCACAACAGCAACGAGCUCUUCCGCCUGGCAGCGCACCCCCUCAAUAACCGCAUGUGGGCUGCUGUGUUUGGAGGCGGUGCUAAAGUCGUCAUCAAACCCAAAAGACCAGAGCUCCCACCAGCGACCCCCCCUCAGCCCCCAGCAGAAGACGUGGAUCGUUACAGACGUAGGUUCAACAUGAGGAUGCUGGUUACUAGGCAAUCUGUGAAGGAGACCCCCGCCACCCCGCCCCCCGUGCCCACAGAGAGACCCACCUACAAGGAGAAGUUCAUUCCCCCGGAGCUCAGCAUGUGGGAUUAUUUUGUAGCUAAACCUUUCCUGCCGCUGUCGGACAGCAACGCCUUGUACGAUUCAGAUGAAAGUGGAGCUGAGGAUGAUGAAGAUGACGACGCCUUCCUCUCUGACACACAGAUAACGGAGCAUUCUGAUCCCAACUCCUACAGCUGGGCUUUGGUCCGACUGGUCAUGGUGAAACUGGCUCAUCACUACGCCAAGAACUUCAUCCCUCUCACUGGUCUUGACUUCACAGACCUUCCAGUCACUUCUCCUCUCAGCAACGCUGUUUUUAAGACUUUAGAGAACUGGGAGCAGCUUCUGUUGGAGCGGAUGAACAAGUUUGACGGUCCACCUCCCAAUUACAUCAACACCUACCCCACUGACCUGAGCACAGGAGCCGGACCCGCCAUCCUGAGACACAAGGCCAUGCUGGAACCAGACAACACACCGUUCAAGAAUAAGAACCAUCAGUCCUUUCCAGUUCGACGUCUUUGGCAUUUCCUGGUCAAACAGGAAGUUCUUCAGGAAACGCUGAUCCGUUACAUCUUCACUAAGAAAAGAAAGCAGAGUGAGUCUUUAGAAAACCAUGUGGACCGUGUAAACCCAAACUGCAUAGCUGGAGCUAGCAGUCCCUAUAAGGUUGAGGCAGAUCUGGGCUACCCUGGAGGAAAGGCUAAGAUCAUCCACAAGGAGUCUGAUAUCAUUAUGGCAUUUGCCAUCAAUAAGGCGAACUCCAACGAGAUCGUGUUGGCCUCCACCCAUGACGUCCAGGAGGUGGAUGUCUCCACGUUAGUGGCUGUCCAGCCCUACACUUGGAUAGAAGACUUUGAUAAGGAGUCUCGAAGCUCGGACGACAUCGACCCUCGUUCCUCUCAAACCAACAUCGCCCAGGCCAGCUCCGUUUCCUUUGCUCCGCCUCAGAUGGCGGUCUCUGCGUCCAUGCCGUGGCUCGGGAGCGGUCAGACCAGCAUGGGGGCCAGCGUGAUUAUGAAGAGAAAUUUAAACAACGUGAAGAGGAUGACGUCUCAUCCUAUAUAUCAGUAUUACAUGACGGGCGCUCAGGACGGCAGUGUCAGGAUGUUUGAGUGGAACAGACCUCAGCAACUCAUUUGCUUCAGACAAGCGGGCAACGCUCGAGUCACCCGGCUCUAUUUUAACUCCCAAGGCAAUAAGGUACACACACAUACACAAACAUCCACACACACACACAACGGGCUCCAUGGUUGGGUCUACUUGUUCUGAUUAUUUGAGAUGAUCUUACUGACUUCCUCUUAUUGCUGGCAGAGCUGGCAGUGUCAUUCUAAGGCCUGCAGCGACUUCACCUUCAUCACGUCCUCCAGCCUGAUCGCCACAGCCGGACAGUCCAACGACAACAGAAACGUGUGCCUGUGGGAUACCCUGAUUUCUCCCAGCAACACCAUGGUCCACGCGUUCCCCUGCCACGAGAACGGAGCCACAGUGCUUCAGUAUGCUCAGAAGCAGCAGCUGCUGAUCUCUGGAGGCAGGAAGGGCUUUGUGUGUGUGUUUGACAUCCGCCAGAGGCAGCUGCUGCACACCUUCCAGGCCCAUGACUCUGCCAUCAAGGCCCUGGCUCUGGACCCCUACGAGGACUUUUUUGUCACUGGCUCUGCAGAGGGCAACAUGAAGGUCUGGAAGCUCGCGGGCCACGGCCUCAUGCACUCGUUCAGCAACGAACACGCCAAGCAGUCCAUCUUCCGUAACAUCGGUUCCGGCGUGAUGAAGGUGGAGACUCUUCCCGGGAACCGGAUCUUCACCUGCGGAGCAGACGGCACCCUGAAGAUGAGGGUCCUGCCGGACCGCUACAAUAUUCCCAGCAGCUUAAUCAACAUCCUGUAAAUCCUGCUUCCUCGUCCGAGGGUCCAAAGACACGAGAAGGAAAUAAAAACACUCAGAACGCUUCCUGGACGUUUGUAACCAACAGGAACAGAGUUCGUGCUUUUCCUGCUGCUGUAAAUUAUGUCCAGAAUAACGAACAGAGUUGCAAAUGUUUAAUUUUAUUUUUGUUGUUGUUGUUCCCAAAGGCUAAAGUUACGAGCAAAAGGUAUCACACUUGAUUUUAAAGCUAGAGUUGUUGUAAUUUUAUCGAAGAACUCUAUUAUCCAUAGAGCGUUUCCAUAGGGAAGCUAUGCAUGUCCUGUUCUCGUCCCGCGGUGCAAUCACAGGUCUGUUGGUAGUGCUCUGUAAAAGUGCUCAAGCUGAAAAACAAAACAAACAAAAAAAAAAA